CGUGGACUUCUGUUGGGAGCUAUCAACAUGAGGAAAAAUUGGAAAUGUGAAAGGAUGAGGCUGAUUUUAAAUGAGAGGAGAGCCUCCAUCAAAGCCCCAGGGACCAACAAUCCACGCAAGGUCACGGGAAAAGCAACCAUAAGCGUUCUGAGAGGGAGUCUCCAGGAGGUGGGCCUGAGCAGGAAGUGAACCAAGGGAGGAGGUAGCCCAAGGGGGUCCAAGGCAGGAGGUGGGCCGAGGCAAACCAACAAUAACCCGAUCUCAUCUUACAAAAUUCAAAAUGACUGCACAGAGAGGUUAAGCGACUACCUCGAGGCCACCCAGCGGGAGGGCCGGACAGUUCUUCUCACUUGGGGCUCAGUUCUCCUCCCCUCCCUUUCUCUCCCCGCCCUGACCCACAGAGGAGCCCAGGGAAGACGCACCCCUGCCCUGUCUCAGCAGGCCUGCGGGGCAUGUCCCUCAUCCCCUGGCUCCGGUGGAACGAGGCCCCGCCACGCCUGUCGUCCCGCAGCCCAGCUGAGAUGGUGCUGGAGACGCUCAUGAUGGAGCUGGCGGGGCAGAUGCGGGCGGCUGAGCGGCAGCAGUGGCAGCGCGGCCACGCCGUCAGGAAGGUCUGCACGGGGGUGGACUACAGCUGGCUGGCCAGCACGCCCCGGCCCACCUACGACCUCAGCCCCGGCGAGCGACUGCAGCUGGAGGCCGUCUGUGCCAAGAUCCGCCCUUCUUACUGCGGGCCGGCCAUCAUCAGGUUCCGGCAGCUGGUGGCGGAGCACGAGCCCGAGGCGCGGGAGGUGUCCCGGCUCUUCCGCUCGGUGCUGCAGGAAGUCCUGGAGAGGAUGAAGCAGGAGGAGGAGGCCCACAAGCUGACGCGGCAGUGGAGCCUGCGGCCCCGCGGCGGCCUGGCGCUCGCCCCCUUCAAGACCCGCGCGCGCAUCGCCCCCUUCGCCAGCGACAUACGGACCAUCUCAGAGGACGUGGAGCGGGACACGCCGCCGCCUCCCCGGACCUGGAGCAUGCCCGAGUUCCGGGUGCCCAAAGAGGACUGACCCCCGCUCUCCCCUGCCCAGAAACUGAGCUACCUGCGGGAGCGCAUGACAGGCUGGUGACGGGGGCCAGUCCUGGAACCUCCCCACCCGCCCUUGACCAGCGUGCCAAAGAGGCGGUCCCAUCCCGACAUUCCAGUAAGAUGGAGCAAUCCCUCCCCACCCAACCGCCCUCUCCCAUUGGCCACGAGGCCCAGGGUCAGGGCUUGGAGCUGCAAGGGGCCUUCCCUCCCCUGCACAAGUUUGUUGGAACAGUCCCUUCCCAGAUGGCAGAGAUUCGGGGCCUGGCAGACAGACCCAGGGCCCCAUCCCCAUCUUUGGCUUAUGUCUGGAAGGGAAGGAAGGGCCCUGCUUUUGCUGGGGUCUCACCUCAGCUUCCGGGAUGUCCCAGUCACCCCCUCCCACUGGGUAGGGAGGGAACUGUUGGGUGUGUCCAUUCUCUGCUGGUGACUGGCUGGUCUCCCUCCGGCAGGUGGGUCACAGCCUCAUGGGCUGGCAGAGCUGAAAGGGGCCACAAAGACCACUACGAGGUCCACUCUCCACAGUUAGUGAAAUGGGGAACCUGAGGCUCAGAGAAGGUCAGACUUCUUAUACCUUAAACUGCAGCCACAGCCCCAUGGGUGGUGAGAUCGUUCAUGCAUGCAUAGUCUCUGCUCUUGAGUUCUUGAGUUCUGGGCUAUGACGGGACAGAUCCAAAGGCUACACACAUCUUCACCUGCCUGUGUCUGACCGACCUCAUACUUUGGAACUGACAUGGGGGUCUAAGGCAGCUGGGGACAGAGGUAGGUUGCCCUUACCCCAUCCCACAAUGUCAUCAAGUGAGGUGUGACCAAUCCCCAGCAUCUCCUUCCACAGGUAAAGCUUCUAAGCCUUCCGACUUGCUGCUCUGGAGAGCCCAGUUCUCUGAUUCCAGGGCCCUGUCUGUAUCUGACCACACCUACUAGUUGGCUUUCUUCAGGGAAAGUGAUACCCAAACCCUUAAUUGACCUCCAGGCAUCUGGGUGAAAUGUUCUGGGACAGCCUCACUAUAGGCUUCACUGUCCUUCCAUUUCUAACAUGGAUGGACCUUGAUGACUGGCGUAUGGAGGCUCCACUAUGUGGAGUAAAGGAAAUCUGUUAGUAGUAUAAACUGGUACAACCAUUUUGAAUAGCAACUUGGCUACAUCCAGAAAGUAGAAGUUACUCCUAGAUAUAUAUUUACAGAACCCUUAUACAUAAGAAGUAUAAUAUUCAUUGCAAUAUUGUUUUACAUAGUGAAAAAGUAGAAAAAGCUGUAAAUGUCCAUUGACAGGACAAGAGAGAAUUAAACUGAAGUGUAUUACACAAUGGACUAUUAUACAGCAGAGAAAAACAAAUGCAUAAGAACUCAAAGUAUCAAAACAGGUAAAUCUCAGAACCAUAAUACUGAGUCAUAGAGAAGAGCAAGCUGCAGAUGGAUACAGAUAACACAGGCAGGCAUACCUCAGAGACAUUGUCGGUUCAGUUCCCGAUCACUGAAAUAGAGCAAAUACCACAAUAAAGUGAGUCAAAUGAAUUUUUUGGUUUCCCAAUACAUAUAAGUUAUGUUUACACUAUACUAUAGUCUAUUAAGGGCAAUAGCAUUAUGUCUAAAAAAUAGCAUAUAUCUAAAUUAAAAAAUAAUCGCUAAAAACUGCUGGCCAUCAUCUGACCUUUAAACAAGUCCUGAUCUUUUUGCCGGUAGAGCGUGUUGCCUUGAUGUGGGUGGCUGCCGACUGACCAAGGGUGCUGAUCGCUGAAGGCUGGGGGGGCCGUGGCGAUUUCUUAAAAUAAGACAAGAGUGAACUUUGCCCCAUCAAUUUGACUCUUCCUUUUUUCAGAACAAAACAUGGUGCUGUGUGAUAGCAUUUUACCCACAGUAGAACUUUCAGAAUUGGAGUCAGUCCUCUCAAACCCUGCUUGCUGCUUUAUCAACUUUAUUAAUCUUUAAAUCCUUUGCUGACAUUUCAAUAAUCUUCACAGCAUUUUACCAGAAGUAGAUUAUAUCUCUAGAAGCCACUUCUUCGCUCAUCCAUAAGAAGCAAGUUCUCAUCCAUUAAAGCUUUAUCAUGAGAUUGCAGCAAUUCAGUCCCAUCAUCAGCUUCCACUUCUAAUUCUAUUCUCCUCCUAGUCUACCACGUCUAUAGUUACUUCCUGCACUGUCGGCUUGAACUCUUUGAAGUCAUCCAUGAGGCUUGGAAUCAACCUCCUCCAAACUACUAUUAAUCUUAAUAUUGAUACUUUGACAUCUUCCCAUGAAUCACAAAUGUUCUUAAUGCCAUCUAGAAUGGGGAAAUUUUUUUAUUAAGGUAUUACUGAUAUACACUU